AGUAUGGUCAAGAAAUUCCCAGUCCUAUCAAUUUACAGUACGGCCACUCCAACCCUUCUUCCUUUCAUUCAUUCGCCUGGUUUUGAGACCCCUGAAUCUACAGAAGAGAUAAGAAAACUGAUGCCUUCAUUGUUUUGCAUGUACAGAACUAUGCUUCUCUUUCCUAACUCUCCUUCACAGUUUACCUACCCAGACCCUACAGUUUCGAUUUCUGCUCCUCUAAACGUGGUUUCAGGAUCAAGUGUGGCUCUGCGGAUGCUUCCAUGGCGUCGGAGGAACCGUUUAAUAACAUUUUCGGCUUCUAAAGAGCGCAGCUCAAAUUUUAACAUGGAGAAGAAGAGGAAAGUGGUGGAACACAUAUGUUUGCUCAAAGCAAAGAAAGAUUUAUCUGAUGAGGAUGAGAAGGAUAUGUUGGAUUAUCUCUAUACAUCCCAAUAUCAAAUGAGAGGCAUAGUUGCAAUCUCAUUGGGGCGUAUCACUGAACAAAAUGUGGGGAACUAUACCCAUGCUGUGUACAUGCGCUUCCAAAGGAAGGAAGACCUUGUGAAAUUCUAUGAGAACCCUUUCUACCUUAAAGUUCUCAAGGAGCACGUAAUACCUUACUGCCAUGGUUUGACUGACGUUGAUUAUGAAUCUGAAGUUGAAGAUGACAUCCUCCCAAUAUUUCGUAAAGGCGAGGAGUUCAACUACGGCGAAGAGUUCGUGCUCCUGAUUGCAUUCUUUGAGAGUGCAUUUGGUGCACCUGUUGAAGAUGCUCUGGAAUCUUUUAGAAAGCUAACCUUGGAGUUUCCAUCCUUAAUUGUCCAAGCUACUCAAGGUUCAAAUUUUAACAUCGGCAAUGAGGGAUAUACACAUGCAAUUGUGAUACGUUUCCGUUCAUUUAAAGCCUUGGAGAUAUUCAUGGGAAGUUUGGAGUACAAAAAUAUGUGGGGAUCUAAAUUCCAGCCAAUCACCAGGGAAUCACUCGCCAUUCACUUUUCGGUUGAUCCAGUGGGCACCGAGAUUAUGUAAUCUGUCGCUUCUGGCGUCAAGGUUAUGUAAUAUGUGACUUCUGGCUUCUUCUCUUUUGUGUUAUGUACUAGAUUAGAAUAUAGAGACAAUUUAACCAUUAUUAAUAUAGCGUUUCUGCUUCAUUAUGUCUUGGAGACACCAUUUCCAGGGAGCCAUUUCCCCUGUAUAUGUCAUAUGUGAGACUGCAUGCAUCUGAUCUGACGUGCCUUAUGAAUCA